AUGUCGAUUGCGCAUAACAUCCACCACCGUCGCGCUGCUGCAGCUCACCAUCGCCGCCAGCUUGGUUUCGAUCCUACUGCCAUUUUUGGUGGUAUCUUCGGAGACGACGAUGAUAACACCCCGAGUCGUCCUACCACUACCACGGACAUCUUUGGUGGUUUGACAGGCAUUCUCUUUCCUACUCCCACCAAUGACGACUUGCCCUCUAUCACGUCAACGAGCGCCAGCACCAGCAGCUCGUCUUCAUCGUCGACUUCAGCAAGCUCGGAGACAACUACAUCGACCACCUUGACCCCGACGACGACGAGCCAGGCGACUACCACCACGCCACCACCUGUUCAGCAAACCACAGUCGUGACGCCGACUGUGAUCACUUCCUUGACCAACUCCCGCGUGUCGACCUCGGCGUCUUCUACCUUGGUCGCGAGUGCGACCUCCACGGCUGAGGCAUCCACUGGACUCAGCACGGGCGCGGUUGUUGGUGGAAUCGGUGCUGGCAUUGUCGCCAUCGCUGCCCUCGGUUUCGCUGUGACGUUUUUCAUUCGCCGAGCUCGUAAGCGUGAAGCUAACGCGUUCGAUGACCACGAUUUCCGUCGCUCCGCCAUGGUCCUGAAUGAUCCUCCGACCCAUGAGGACACCGUCGCACGCGGGUACAACCCUCGCCCUCCGUCGAUGGUGGAAAGACGUCUUGGUUCUUCGCCACCUCCGUUCGGCAAUGGCUACGACAACUACAACCAGGACUACUACGGGGACAACCGUGCAGGAUAUGGCGCAGGGUACCAGCAACCGUCUUUCACUCCUGGACAGGUCAUCGGCAUGGACAAUGGCGCACCGUCUCCCAUGAUGGCUAACUCGGCUCAUCCCAUGUACCCAGAUGCCGCUUACACGCAAUCGCCCUUCUCGCCCAUUGGAACCCCCGUCAGCGAAUACGGCCAAUACCCCGGACAUUCCCAAUAUCCCGACCAUCCCAGCCUCGCCCGUCAGGCGUCCAAUGCUGGUGCCUACCCCGUCCUUACGCGCCAAAGCUCGCAGGAAUCGCACCACGGUCCCCAUUCGCCUCCUCGUGCUCCUCACACCCAGCUCGAGCAAGAGAACAUCCCGGCGAAUGACUACGUCGACCUUUCCCGUGCAAGCGUCUCGCCAUUCCAAGCUGCCCAAUACGCCGAGAUCUCUCGUCGCCUGAACACAGAAGUGCCUGCAGGCAUGCCAACACCUGAUGUCGAACGCGAGAUGCCGCCUCCCCCUCCGCCCAAGUAUAACUCCAUGGAUGCGUCGCCUUUUGCUGACCCCUCGUCCGCGCCGCCCAGCCCUGGAGGACAGUACGUCGUCGACAAGCGCCGUCCUGCUUCAGCCGAAAGCGAGACCCUCGAGUUCCCCGUCCCGCCAUCGCCUGCUCACACCACGUCCUCCCGCUAUCGCAUCGACUCUAUGCCGCCCACCCUCCCUGAAAUCCAGGUGGAGAGCAGGGUCUCUGUGAGUCAGUACACGAUGAAGGAGAGCGCUGGACCUGCUCCGCUCGCCACUGCAUCCAAGGCACCCGCCGGACCCAGCCCGCUCGCCGCGAGCUAUGCUCCUUCUCCGACGUCGCCUGUAGCACCGGCGCCUCCUCCAGCCGCAGCCACCGCUUCGACAGCCAAGGCCCCUCACGCUGCUGAGCCCCAGUUGACCAACGAGCAGAAGCGUGGCACCACGUACUCCGUGUACGAUCCUGAGGAUGCCUACGGCGGAUUCUAA